CUGCAGCUGCGUUGAGUCAGUCCGCCGUAGCUGUGCCGACUGGAGGGAUGUGACCCCGGAACAGGACGCCCUCCUACAACAACACACCAUUCAUACAGAACACAGAAGAAAGAAAAGCUGGACCAGGAGGGGUCUUGUGUAAUCUGGAUUUAUUUGUGUGUCCAGAGCCACAGGAGCAGGGGGGAUGAAUCGAGAGGAGGCCCCGGGGAAGUCUCCUGAAGACAUGUACAUCCAACAGAAAGUGCGGGUCCUGCUCAUGCUUAAGAAAAUGGGAUCAAAUCUCACACCGAGUGAAGAGGCUUUUCUCCGAAAUUAUGCAGGUGUGGUCCACAGUCAGAUGAGCCAGCUACCACAGCACAACAUAGAUCAGGGUGCUGAGGACGUGGUGAUGGCGUUCUCGCGAUCAGAGACAGAGGAUCGGCGACAGUGACCCUGGACCUCCCCAUCCUGCCUCAGUGUCCCCCGCACCCCAUCCCCGCCCCCCACGCCCUACCCAGCAUGUGAUCCACAACAACCCAAACUCCACCGACACGACACUGACGAGCUCAGGAGAGGAGGAGCCCAGCGACGGGACAGAAGAGGAGGGGAAGAGACACAACAGGAGGUGGCUGCCUCGCUCUCCCUCAGCCUUUUCCGCCCCCGGCUCCUCCUCACACACGCUGGCACACCGUUUUACCUGAGAUGCACUCAAGUGGGUCACUGUGGGGUUGAAGCUUUGGCAGUCAGUAAAAACACUCAUGGAUUGUGUGUGUGAUUGAAUAUCAAAUGUAGUCUUUUUUUAUUCUGGUCGGAGGGAGAGGGGUUUUUUUUUUGUUUAUUUGUUUGUUUUUUGUACUAUCUUGUCUGUGUGGAGACUCGAGGCAGUGUUACACGUUUUAUCUGCUGUGGUCACUGGAGGAACUGACCAGUUAGCAGCCUGAAUGAAGCAAAGAGAAGGUUAGUGUUGGGUCGAGCAGCAGGUGUGAAGAUCGUGGUCACGUUAGGGGAGAGAUUUUAAUCAUUUCUGCUCACCCUAACGCGGCGGGAAACGUUUUUGAUUUAGCUGUUUUGUUAUAAAGGCUUUAGUAAUACGUCGUACCAGAGGCCUCGUUUAUAAACAUUUUGUGUGCAUAUAAAAGAAGCGUGAAAGAUGCAUUCGCAAACACCUAACUUUAUGACCCCUGUUUGAGGACAGUGUUGUACUUGUGAGCAGAUCUUCAGUUUAUAAUUGGAUUGGUCUCACAAAAGUGUGCGAUGCUGUAGUAGCUGGCAUACAAUAACAGACGCUUAAAUAACAAAAUAAGUGUCCUUUUAGCUGCAUGCGACACCAUCAUAGUGCUUUACAUUUGUUUUGAACAGUUUGGGUACAACUCAUAAAGUGACACACUUAGUUUUCCAGUAUUAUUCCAAUACAUUGUUAGUUUGUUUUCUUUGUAUAAGCCAAACACACUUGAACGCCUCUUUUGUGUCAGAGAAUGAUUUGUCUCUGAUCUCACGGCCGAGUUUCUCUCAUCAAAUCACAAACCACACUCAUGAUUCUUCUGCUCUUAACGCUGUUUGUAUUAACGCUCACAACGGGUCCGUCUUUAAUCGUCUGUGUUUUAUUAUGGCGGUUAACGGGGCGCCCAUGCUGUGGCUUUUGACGCGCUCAAUUUGAUUUCCUGGGUUAACACGAGGAUAUAGGUAUUUGAGUUUUAUAAAUGAGGCCUCCGCUCGUUCUCCUGCUGCUUUAGUUUUAACCAGAGGCUGUUGCAGGUGCAGCAAUGCUUUUCUAAUAAAGGAAAGCUUUAAGAAUGAAAGACACUAGCAGGCGUAAUAUUAAAACACAGGUGUACACGUUCUCCCCAAACAAAUACUAGUUUUGUUUUGGGUUAUUGUGACUUUUUUCUUUUUUUUUAAUUAAUGUACAGAUAGUUGGGAAAUACAAUAAUGAUUUGAUUGUGCCAAUUGUACUUUUUCUUGUUUUUUUUUAUCUGUAAGAUAAAAAUUAACAUAUUGAUUAAGAAAACUGAUAAGAGACAAGUAGUAGUUGUUAUUUAUUGUUUUCUGAAUUGACUCCCUGUUCCUCCAACACAUCAUUAAAGCCGGAGAACCAGUAGAUAGUUGAAGUAUAACGUUAUCAUUAUUAUUAUUAUUAUUAUUACUAUCAUCAGCAGUGGCUCUUUUGUUCACACUAAAAUCACACAAACUCUAAUUUAUAACUAUCUUUAGCUGAAACACAUGAAGCCAAACAUAAGAACUGUGUGCUAAUGCUGACUGUACUGUAUCUCUUGCACUAUUAUCAAUGGGAUAUUUGCAAAAAAUACAUUUUGAUAUUUAGCACAGGGAUUGUGUUUGGUUUAUUGAUAAAGGAAUCUCCGUAAACAUGUUUUUAUUCCUUCCUGAUUUACAAAAAACAAAACAAAACCCAAUCUUCUUUUUUCAUUUACUCAACUGGAAAUUCUCAAAUGAAAAUUUGUUAACAGUCAAUAUUUUCUUUUUUCUUUCUAGUGACAUGCUCAAUAUUUAAUGUGUUUAAGUACAGUUUGUUAACUUGUAUAACUUAAGAUAAUUGUAAAUCCAAGCAUGUCGUGGUUUAUAACGUGCAUUCAUGUGGAGACAAGGAUCUUUGCAGACUUGACCCCAUAACCAUUGUUUAGACAUUCUUGACAUUUGUGGAAGCUACUAGCUCUUUAAAAAAAAAACUUUCAGUAAAAAAAGUUUUCGGUUAUCGUGACGGCAAUAACGUCUGUUUGAACGUUUACUGCGAUGUAAGCGGCUCACAGAUCCGUCACACUCUCCGGAUACGGCAAAGAAAUUUGUCUUAAUGUUUACUUUUAUUUUGAAGCAUUCUUUAUUUGUCUAUGCAUUGUUUCUUUGUUUUCUCUAUAAAAAAAUGUGUCUUACUGUACAUUUUACCUAUCAGGGUUGUUCUACAGCCUUUGUUCAAGGAGUGUGUGUGUGAGCGUGUGUGUGUGUGUGUGCUGUACGUGUGUCUGUGUCUUUUUAUUUUCAGCAUGCUGAUGUCUAUGUAUGUUUUCACUGUGAUAACCUGAUGUUGCCCAAUUGUCCUUUUUUAUUAUUUUUUUAGUUUUUUGUUUUUUUUGCAUUUGUAUUUUGUUUUCCUCUCAUUGAUUCGUUGGUUUUGUUUUGUAUUGCUGCUGACCUUGUCUUGACUUAAUGCUUCCAAAUCCUAUACCAACUGAACCAUUAAAAAACUUUUAAACCGUGA